ACGCACGCACGCAUGAUGUCACUAGAAGGGGAGUUUGGAGUCUCCGAACUGGACCAACACUUCCAUUGAAUGUCUCCUCUUUCAACAGGACUGCUGCCAUGUAGCUCAGAAAGGACACGCCAUUGUUUUUGGCGAGUAGGAGUUUCAAGUUCAACAAAAUCCGGCUAACUAUGGAAACUUAAACGAGAGUCUCGUCCGAAAGAAGAAAACCGAAAGAAUGGGCGAAGCGAAAAGUGUCCGAGGUCGCCAGGACCGAGACCGAGACCUUCCCUUAUAGGGCGGCUCCAUGUCCCCCUCCUGCCCGUGCCAGAUGCCUACGAAGACAGCCCCAGUGUCCCCAGCUCCCCCCGUACCGCCGAGGAGGCUCCGCGGUCGGGACGGAGGCUCGGGCAGGACGCGGCGGUCCGGGGCUGGAGGAGCGGAAAGGCGGGUGAAGUGUGUCCUGGUGGGGGACGGAGCUGUGGGCAAAACCAGCCUGGUGGUCAGCUACACUACCAACGGUUACCCCACGGAAUAUGUCCCCACUGCUUUUGACAACUUCUCGGCAGUGGUAUCAGUUGACGGGCAGCCAGUGAAACUUCAGCUCUGUGACACAGCUGGGCAGGAUGAGUUUGACAGGCUGCGUCCGCUCUGUUAUACCAGCGCUGACGUCUUCCUGCUGUGCUUCAGCGUGGUCAGUCCCGUCUCCUUCCAGAACGUCCCCGAGAAGUGGGUUUCCGAGAUACGAAGGCACACCCCCUUCGCACCGCUCGUCCUUGUUGGGACUCAGUGCGAUCUCAGAGAAGAUGUCAAGAUUCUAAUAGACCUGGCUAAGUACAGAGAGAGGCCAGUGGACCCAGUGGAUGCCAGGGAGUGUGCGGCUGAGAUUGGUGCUGUGGCCUACGUGGAGUGCUCGUCCUUAACCCAGAAGAACCUGAAAGAAGUAUUCGACACAGCCAUAAUGGCCAGCCUGCAGAACCUCAGCUCGCAGAAGCACUUGAGAGGGAAACAGAAGCGUCGAGCAAAGCAAAGGCAGACGCCUGACAAGAUGAAGAGUUUAUCCAAGUCGUGGUGGAAAAGGUACUGCUGUGUGGUGUAAUGGGCCUGGAGUACGGAGUUUGGGUCCUCCUUAACUUUGACUGCAACCUGGACUGUCUGGUCUAAAGGAAAAGGAUGUUGCGCAGAACCUCUCCUGGAGUCUUGUUGAGAAACCAAAGAUAUAUUUGUCUUACCAUGGAAAACAUUUACCAAUCAGAAGACUUUAGCAAACUUGUGUCCGAGAUUUAACCAGACUGAUCCGUGAUCAGACCGGAGAACUUUUGUUGGAAUUUACUGGUCGUGCUUGGACCAGAAGAAGAAUGGAUAAAAAGAACAGAAUGUGGAACAUUUGUAAUCUGUGUUGGAAGAGUGUCCGCUCAAUUUUCUUUGUCUGUUGUCUUACUUCAUGUCAGAUUUGGUCCAAAGCCACUUGGACAAGAACACCUCAUUUCCACCAAGCACUAUGAUUCAAUUUAGUUUGGUAUGGUACACAGUUUUUUUGCAUUUCCGUUGUAACCUGUCCCAAAAUGCCUUCCCGCUUUCAAAGGGGUACUGGUCGCAAUGGUACUGUACAGUGUUUUUGAUAAAAUUCUGUCCACUGAUUGAACAACAGAGGAUAAUCGAAAGAAAACAAAAAGCUCCAUUUAAAAAAAGAAUAUGGAUCACAUUAGAAAGCGAAAAGCUGUUUGUCAGUACAUAGCACCGCAUCACUCCACUUUUGGUUCACCAGCCCUCUUUUCACUCUUAGAUAAUAUUUUAAUUGUUUGCUCAGUCUGACUUUAAAAAAACACCAAAUCAAAAUAAGAAGAAAAAAAAAUAUAUAUAUAUAUAUACAUGUUUCUGACAAUCCCAGUGCCAAUAUGCUCCAAUUCCUGUGAAGAUGUUGGACCCACAUGUCUAACAAUACGAAUUUCUAUGUGUGUGUCACAUGACCACCAGCACAAUGAUGUCAUGUGAUGUAUAGUUACUCCCGCUAAACUUAGACUCCGAAGUAGACUUCAAACCAUCCAAUUAAUGUGUAUGUGAUGUGUUAGCCACUUUUCCUGACAUAAAUCAACCGGAAGAAGCUCAAUACUAAGAUGCUAAAAGCAAGCGUAGCAAAGGCAGUGAAUCUAACGCUGUUGCCACUGUCACAAAUUCUACAUUACAUCACUAGUCCCUUAAAUUUUACAUGUACUCGCCAUUGAGAUGAAACCUAAGUGAUAAAAAUCAAAGUUUGUACCAGGAAGUUAUAUCUACCGCCUCAUCUGCACCGAGGAACUACACACAAUGGCGUCUAGUCACGAUAACAGCCAAUCUCCUGCUUGUUAGAGUGACUGACUCAUAUCCAUUUCACUCUUUGACUUUUUGCUAAUCACAAGAUCAGCAAGCUUUUUUCGUCGCCAGGUGCAGAUUGUUGAGGCUUCAGGCGCACGCAAAUGAGGGAUGCAGUCAAGUAUAAAGUCUGGAUGGACAAAACAAUUGGGUCAUUACCAGUGUUGGGAGUGCUGGCUUAGUGGUAAUCUAGUUAAAUACUCUUAAACGUUACAAUGCAGUUACUGACAGUGAAAUAUGUUAGUAUGUGCUGAUAUUGAACAGCUUAGCCCACCUGUCCCGCUCAGCCAAACACAGGACAGGUGUUGUAAACAAAUAGUGUUUUUUAGGGGUAACAGACACCUAAGUAAUGAUAAUUAGUAGGAAUGGGUGAUACUACAAAUUUGAGUAUUGAUCCAGUACCCAGUAGUUACAUGGGCAGUAUUAUGCGGACACAGAUACUUCAAAAGUUCAAUCAAGCUCAUUGAAUAAUUACAUUUUUGAUCACAAUUAUAUUAAGAUAAAACCACAGGAUGGCGGCGUAACAAUAUCAAUGAAAUAUUUAAAUGUUUUCCUACUAUUGGCUCUGAUUUAAAUCCUUUGAUUUUCACCCCUAAAGCUCCACUGUGUCCAGGGACUUAUUUCUUUAGGAUGUAAACAAUAACAAAAAAUAUCAAUCUAACCACUGUAGUAUUGACAAUAUGCUGAUACUUUACUUGGUAUCGUUACUGUCAAUAUUUGUAUCAAUCCGACCAUCUUGUUACUUUUAAGAGCUCUAGCUAGCUGUUAGCAUAUCUUCUACAGUGUGCAGUGCAGCUAUUACUCGUCCUCAAGAGAUGAUACUUGUAAGAAACGUGUUGUUUUUUUUUCUUAAUAUAUAUAGUCGAUAUGGCCUACCCCGUAAUCAUUAGCUAAAGCAGGGGUGCCCAAAUUGUUAGCCACCAAGGGCCAAAGUGAAAAUGUGCUAAUAGGCCUCCAGCCAAACAGUCAUUCUAAGUGUACAGUAGCUUCAUGAGUGAGGAGUUUAGCCCCUUACGUAAAGUUGUACAGAUCAUCAUAUUCAGUAGAUGCCAACAAGUUAGCUUUGUGGACAUGCCAUUAAUGAUUGUGUGAUCUUGAAAGAGAUCAGUAUGAAUAUGUAUUUGGGAAGCCACACUUGGCCCCUGGGCCUCACUUUGGCCACCCCUGAGCUAAAGAAAUUCAAAUGUAAGCCAACCAGUGUUCAGUUAGGUGGGUGUUGUUACAAAGGUCAACGCACAGCUCACAGCCACACAAGAGAAUUAGAUGAGAUCUGUUCAGAUAAAACUGGCGUUAACGUCACUGAUGUAAAAGGCAAGAACAUACGUGUGACAUCUACAGUGUUUGUCCUCACCAAAACAUCUCUCAGGGCCAGAUUAUUUUCCCUGCUAUCUAAUUACAUUCAUGAAGGCAUAAUUCUGUUACUGUUUCAAAAGUAACUUGUAACUAUAACUAUUUACUUUUUUAAGAAAGUUGCCCAACACUGGUAAUGACACAUAAGGGAAGUGAAAACAGAGUAGGAAAGUUGUAGUUUUGGGAACAGAGGGGCCCGGGCGGUCCCCACAAAGUCAGAAGCGUGGCGACGAGUUAAGAUUCAGGGUGAUGAAUUGCAAGGUCAGUGCUCCAUGUUUUGCAAACGUGUAGGUAGGAAAAAAAAGACACAUUGGAAUGAGCCAAAUCCUUUUCUGUUACCAAAGUCAGAACAAAACCAAAUAAUUGUACCUUUUCUCCAAGGUCUCUGCCUCUGAACGAGUGUUUUUGCUUUUGGUGUAUCCGCAUCUAAGGGUGUGAGCAUGAUUUAAAAGCAGCCCUGACGCUGCCAAACUGCAUAAGAAACCUGUUUUUAAGUAUUCCUCUCAGCCUCAUGGUUGUGGUUGUAUGCCCUAGAACAGUGGUUCUUAACCUUGUUGGAGGUACCGAACCCCACCACUUUCUUACGCGCAUUGCCCGAACCCUUCUUCAGUGAAAUACUUUUUUUUUUUUUUUUUUUCCAAAUUCAAGACAAAGUUAUGUUUUUUUACUGUUGCACUAAAUGAACCUUGAAUCACCUUGUUCAAAGAACAAAACCAACAAUGCAUGAACUCACAACAAAUUACACACCUGCAAAUCAGAUGGAAAAUUAGAGGGAACAUUGUUUGGGGGUAUCAAUUAUACGCCGAUAGGGAGAAGUUUUUAUUUACACGAUGAGUCGGAUGUGUCUUGACCUCCGCGGCGCAGGCUCCGCCGAACCCCUGAGGCCGACUCACCGAACCCCUAGGGUUCGAUCGAACCCAGGUUAAGAACCACUGCCCUAGAAGGUCAUUGCAGAAAGUCUUCCUCAGGAUAGUUGCUACAAUAACCAUGAGGUAAUUCCUCUUGGUCUUUAAACUGAUGGUUGUGCUAUGUGCCUUUGUCUUGCAUUGAUUAUAAUGGCGGCCUUUUUGGAUGUGAGCAACCCCUCAGAAAUGAACAUUUUGCUGAGGUUAGCUUAAAGGUGUUUGUCUUGACUUUUCUCAAGCUGCUGUGCAGAAAACCUCACCCUUUAAAAGCAGUAGUCUACUGCAAAUAUUUAUUUCCGCACCGAUUACAAAACUAAUCUAGUGUUGCUAUGAUCCCAAGAUGAACUCAGUGACAUUAUCAGCUUAUUGAAUUUUCUAUCAGCAACACCAAAAAAGUGACUUUUGUGGAUAUACUUUUUUUAUGCAAACCGACCAGUUUGGCCACAAGAUAUAUAUCAAUAUUUAUAUUUGUGUGUGUGUGUAAAGUGGUAAUGUGAUGGCAAUAUUGUUCCUAGCCAUUCAAAUGUUCCAGCUGCCAGUGAUUGAAUGGAUCCACUGUGUCCAGACUCAUAGCAAAUGCAUUGUUUGUUAGCAGGGAAAGUCCGCACAAAGAGGCCUGUCUUGCAGUUAGUGUCUCUUGCAGGCUAAUGCAUGAAAAAGUAGGCCAAAGGUGACACAGAUCCUCAUGUUAGUUGAUAUCUCUGUCAGUCAAUUUACAUUUACUGACUUAUUUUAAACUAUAUAAAUGAUCCUGAUAACUACCUGGCUUCCUUUCACAAGCUUACUUUUAACUCAUGCAAGCCUGUAUACUGUACUGUAUUUGUGUUUCCAUUGACCAUGCAUUCUUUUCAGAUGGACCUAAAUCACAGAGGAUUUUUGUACAAAGGUUUUAUACUUUAAGAAAUAAAGGAUAUUGCUAUUA